AUGAAACCCUACAGGUACGUAUUUGCAAGACCUUCUGGAAAACGAUGUUUUGUUGUUUCAUCAAAUAGAACAACUAUCAGCAGAUUACGCAAUGGCUCUCUCUUUCACCGAUUUCCAUCUUCUCUACCUAAUGGUGCCAGAACCAUAGAAGGUUCUCGAUCUGCUCAAUCAUAUUGCAUUCUUGACUGCAUAUUUCAUGAGCUGGAUCAAACCUACUAUGUAAUCGACAUGGCCUCCAAACAUAUUAUACAGGGCAAUUCACUCAACCCCAAUCGUCUGGUAUUCCAAACAGCUCAUACAUUUUCUACACUUGUUAUAUGGGACAACUAUUUUAGGUUUGACAAAAGAAUUAUAGAUUUCACAGAAGAAAAGUUCCAUAAAGAUGGUAUAGAUUUGAGAACAGGAUCAGUGGUGGUGAAGGUCAUGGAUAAAGAAAUUUCAACAAAAGAAAUCAAAACCGGAAAAAUCUCUACCAUACCUUACGGGAUGGCUGUCUGGUCAACAGGCAUUGCAACUCGCCCUGUUUUCAUGGACUUCAUGAAGCACAUUGGUUAG